AUGGCUACUCCGACUCCGCCUGCUCAGGCUAGCAUCGAGAUACGCACUUCCGAUGGACAGGUCCUUUGGACGCAAUGGGACGCAGACAAGAGACGACACGUAGUACACUGUGACCUCUGCGGCAAGCAAGUUACCCUGACGAAACACGGCCACGCGCACGCAUUCUUGAAUGAACACCGCGGGUCUGAUAGUUGUACUCAGUCGCAGCGGAAAGCUCAGCAUCGGCGCGAGCGCGAAGCUGCAUCCGCGGCGCGCAGAGCACUUUUCCAGCCUGAGAAUAUUGAGCAAAGGCCUGGAGGGACAACACAGGCUCAAUUGCGAGCUGCACCAGAUCCCGGGCCCUGCGAGUCAUCUAGUGCAGCUCAGAAUUACCAGCCUCUAAAUGCUAGUGUUCCUGCCACGCCACAUUUUCAGCCUAUGCCCGAGUCGCAUUUUCCUACUGCGACAACCUCGCUAGUCGACGAACCAUCUGAAUCGACUCGCCGACUGUCUGGCGAUGAUCAGCCGGAUGAGCUUACAUUCGCAUUUGGGGACUUACAUGCUUCAUCGCCUGCGCCAGAAGUUCCUUCGGGGAUGGACCAUGACCUUGGCCGAGGACAGCCGCCGCCCACGAGUAUGCCAUCGCCACUUGCGGAUAUGCCGCCGCUGCCUAUGGGUAUGCCACCGCUGCUCACGGAUGUGCCGCUGCUGCCCAUGGGUAUGCCGCCGUUGCCUACGAGUAUGCCGCCGCUGCCUACGGGUAUGCGACCACCUCCUGCUGCUGCUAAAGACGCCGGGACAUCGCGUCAAUCCCGAUCCACGGAGAACGGGUUCGCCUGCAAAGGCGUGCUCAUUCAGUGGAAAGCAGGUUCUGUGUGGGACACGUACCCGUACCACCAGCAUGCGCUUCGCGAGUACCCAUGGGAGCCUGUCAGCAUCGAGAAUGGUGAAUGGUUCCGCCUUCGUGCAAAGGAUUGCGCCCGAUCAACAAUCAGCAAAGACGGAUGCUGCACAGCCUGUCAAAUGAUCCCCGCGUCCGAACGAUAUCGCAAGUUCUUGGAUAGGGCCAUAUCUGCGAGUGACUACACGCCAUGGGAGUACCUCAAUUACCGUCAAAUUGUUGCACUCUGUAAGAAGAUCGUCAGCGAGAACCGACUCCUGCGGCUCAAGAGUCGCAAUGCAGAUCGUAAUCUGUCUCGACUUCGUGGCAAGAUCAACGACCACCAGCGUCUCGUUACACUGCUCGCAAAUCAUGAUGUCAAGCGGCUCCACCACUUACUCUCUGUUGCACUGCGCAAGGGGGCGAGUCCCAAAGCAUUGAUUGCGCAGAUUGAACGCGCUAUCACAGGGCUGUACAGUGAUCGUGCACACUUUGAGGAACGCGAUAUCGAUAUCGCAUUCCUCGUGAAAGCACUCGGUGGCCCACGUCUAUUGUAUGCCCUAUCCAAAUCCCACGGACUUGCAUCAGUAUCCACCACGAAUCGCAAGCAGAAGAUCCCUGAGCUCUUACCAUCUAUUUCUAUUCCUUCGCGUCAGGAUGCGAAGACGAAUUACACAUCAUUCUGCAAUCCCUCGCGAAAACCUCCACCGCCCCGAUAUGGCGCGUCGAACGACUUUGCAGGUCUUAUCGUGAUGAUUGACGGUGUCAGUCUCGAAGAGCGGUGCCGUUACCUUCCAUCCAGUAAUGCAAUAGUCGGCCUGAGCCGAGAAGAUGCCCAUAAAGUGUCAGUUCAGGUUACGACAUACGAGGCAUUGCAAGAAGUUGCGGCUUCUCUUCGUGACGGCAAGAUCUCUUGUGGGCAAGAAGCGACUGUCGUAGCAAUGGCACCGUAUGCACGUACCGAUCACCCCAGUGCCCUGCCCCUUAUUGCCUCGCCAACAAACAAAAGCGAGACAGGUCGUGAGCUUGCACAGUGGCUCCAGACCUACUGUGAUGCCUGGCAAAGUGAUCCGAAUGGCGAAACAGCACAAGGGCCAAUAUGGGCACUAGGGAGCGAUGGUGACGCAGCAUUUCGGCUCGCGAAGUAUAUUUUCUGCUUCACACAUACUGUACCCGAAGCAACUUCCCUUGGCCGCCAGCUACGUCAGCUCCGAGGUAUGAAUCUAGCAACAAGUUCAAGUGGUAUUGUUGCCACCUGUGAUCCAAAGCACGUCAUCAAGCGAUUUGCAACACUGAUACGCAAUCCUCGUGGUAUCAUGGUUAACGACACACUUUUUCAACGGUCUGACUUCCUGGCGCAUCUCCUCGAUCUGCCGAACAUGUCAUCAGAGGAUGCCAGAAGGCUUCUCGAUCCCGCAGACAAGCAAAACGUACCAAAAGCAGUCCGUUUGGUGCAGGAGUUGCUCAAUGUCAAAGAGCUGCCCACAGCUGAGCUAUUGCCAGCCAGGGCUCAUCGCCAUCACUUGUUGUCGUUCUUCGCCGAGGUCCUUGGCUACUUUGUGCAACCAUUCAUAACAGUCAGCAUGUCACUAUCUACACAAGUAUGCUCCCUCGCGACAUACUCCCACUUGCUCGCAGCAAUGUGGCUGCGGCACGGGACUGCCUUCAUGACCGGAGCUCUCUACGCCGACUCACAAGCAAUUGUAAAGAAUAUCAUCAUCACUACCCUGCGACUCCAGCUUCUAGACGAUGACAUACCAUUCUACAUCAUCCUUGAGGGCACAGAUCGACUUGAAACCCUCUUCGGUGAUUGUCGCACACAGGAUCACAGCCGGAAUUUCGAUAUUCUGCAGCUAUGUCAGAAGCUCAGUAUCGCUGCGGAGAUCAGUCUGAUCUUCGAACGUAAUCCUGACCUCGAUCGUGGACACAGACGGCUUGAUCUUAAAGACGCGAAGGGUGUUGAUCGCGUCAAUCCACGCUCAUGGGUCGGCGAUGUUCGAGUGGGCCAAGUUGAUGUUGCAUCGGAAUGGGCCAGGGGUCGGGUGAAUGCCCAAAAGCUCAUCACGCAGUACCUUGGAAUUGAUGCUGCUGAGAGCUUCAAUACCAUGUACACGCAGACAGACUGCGACUUACUCCGACCGGGAGGUACCUAUGUUGGAGUCAAGUACGAUCCGGACGACGAUCGUACCGACGCCGACGAAAGCGCAGUCCCUAGCAGCGACAAUAACAACACUGAAUCACCAGUACCUGAUGAAGAUGAAUAUGACGACGUACCGAUAGGCCUUGACAUCGAGGACUUCUUGCCAGAAACUACGGACGACCUCGAGAAUGACGUGACCUUGGCAUCAUCGCCCGAAGAUCAUUUCCUGCUUGUUGAUAACAAGAAGUUCUUCAAAUCAUCUGUGGUCACGGCACUGCUCACAACAAGCCGCGCACGGAAGGUCCCACUGCGGACAUUGCGCAAUCGUGGAGUGACGUUUGAAGACCUAGAUCGCGGCGCGAAGGGCAACCUGAACUCGACUGACUUGCUUGAUGGCGACAUAGUGAAGAUGGGAGAUCUCGCCGCAUCACUGCUCCGUGUGCGGUCUACCGUGUGCCUCGCGGUUGUUGAGAUCAUUGGUUUCCGGAGGGGGAAAGGCGAUGACACAACCUGGAUCUCAAGUGUCAAUGUAGAAGAUUUGGAAGACGACACUGAUUCACAUACCGUGUCCACCCAAGUGUUGGAUAUGUUCACGCCGGAAUCCGCUGCCGUACCCACCGACAAGCGCACAUGGCAGUGA